CUGCCUGAGACCAGCAGACUGAGACUCCGCCAGCUGUACGCCCGGACAGGUGCUGCUCAUUAGCCGGCUCCGGUUAUUAGGGCGGGAGAUAUAAAUGUCUCCUGUGCCUGAACUCGCCUCAUUUACAAGAAAUAUCUUAUAAAGCCACACCAGGCCAGCGGAUAUAUAGAGGCUAAACAGUAGCGGAAACCUAGUCUACACACAGAGACCCUGUGCUAUGGCUUUCCCACUGAAGGAUGAUUUAGGGAGAAGUAAAGAUUGCUGGGGUUGCCCUUCUGAUACCCCAGCACUUUCUACAUGCAGCAAUGCUGACAUUUUUCGUCGGAUAAACGCCAUGCUGGACAAUUCUCUGGACUUCACUGGUGUCUGCACCACUCCCAAUGCAAAGGGUAAAUGUGAUCACCUACAAGAGUUUCCAGAUACAGAGGGAGCAACAGCAAGCAGGAUGCUCUUCCCUACAUCACAUGAUCAGUCGCCCCGUGGCCUUCCUGAUACAAACGAUUUGUGCCUUGGUUUGCAGUCUCUUAGCCUCACUGGCUGGGACAGACCGUGGAGCACUCAGGACUCUGAGCUUUCUGGGCAAUCCAGCACUCCGUCAGCUGCCCAGUCAGUUUUCAACCUGCUUAACAACCCUUUAGGAAAACAUCCGCCUCUGGGCUUUUUGCCUCUGGAUCCCAUUGGCUCAGAUUUGGUAGAAAAAUACCCCUCUCCGAUGCUGCGUGGCUCACGUUUGGACAGCCGCUCCAUUUUAGACUCCCGCUCCAGCAGCCCCUCGGAUUCAGAUACAAGUGGAUUCAGCUCUGGCUCGGACCACCUUUCAGACUUGAUUUCCAGUCUACGCAUUUCUCCUCCUCUACCAUUCCUCCCUUUGGGUAGUGGAGUUUCCCGUGACCCCUUAAAGUUUGGUAUUGGCUCAAGGUUGGACACAGACCAUGCUGCUCUUGCAGCAGCAACAGGUUCCCCUAUGGGGCUAACUAAGAGAUGGCCUGGCACAUCUGUCUGGCCCUCAUGGGAUCUUCUGGAAUCUGCCGAAGAUCCAUUCAGCAUUGAAAGGGAGGCCCGGCUGCACAGACAGGCAGCAGCUGUAAAUGAAGCAACUUGUACAUGGAGUGGUCAACUGCCUCCUCGCAACUACAAGAAUCCAGUUUAUUCCUGCAAGGUGUUUCUUGGUGGCGUUCCCUGGGAUAUCACUGAGACUGGACUGAUCAACACAUUCCGUGUGUUUGGUGGUCUGAAUGUUGAAUGGCCUGGUAAGGAUGGGAAGCAUCCCCGUUGCCCUCCUAAAGGUAAUAUGCCUAAAGGAUAUGUGUAUUUGGUGUUUGAGUCUGAAAAAUCAGUCCGUGCUCUUCUUCAAGCCUGCACUCAAGAUUUGUUAAGCCAGGAUGGACUAAGUGAGCACUACUUCAAAAUGUCAAGUCGCAGAAUGCGCUGCAAGGAGGUGCAGGUCAUUCCUUGGGUGCUGGCUGACAGCAACUUUGUGCGUAGUCCUUCUCAGCGUCUGGAUCCCAGUAAGACUGUAUUUGUUGGCGCUUUGCAUGGCAUGCUGAAUGCUGAAGCCCUUGCCUCUAUAAUGAACGAUCUGUUUGGUGGUGUGGUUUAUGCUGGCAUUGAUACGGAUAAGCACAAGUACCCAAUUGGUUCUGGGCGUGUGACUUUCAACAACCAACGCAGUUACCUAAAGGCUGUGAGUGCUGCAUUUGUGGAAAUAAAAACAGCAAAGUUUACCAAGAAGGUUCAGAUAGACCCUUAUCUUGAAGACUCUGUGUGCCAGGUUUGCAGUGCUCAGCCAGGUCCAUUUUUCUGCAGAGACCAGGUUUGCUUCAAGUAUUUCUGCCGUUCUUGCUGGCACUGGCAGCAUUCAAUGGAGAUUCUUCGUCACCAUCGCCCUCUAAUGCGUAAUCAGAAGAGCCGUGAUUCCAGCUAAAGUGGAAAGUCUGCAGCCCAUUUACGAUGAACAAUGUGCAACAGAGGAUGUGGUGUCCUGCCAGUACGCAGAGCACUCAUGAAUCUUUCCAGGAAUAAAGCAGAAGUCGGUGAAUGGUGGGGGAUGUCACUUUUGUGUUGGCACUUGCUGUACCUUGUAACAGUUUUCUGCACUUGUGCACAGUGAAUUCUGGCCAGGGUUAGUGUUUUUGUAUGUCUUUUUUAUUUUUUAUCGUUCUGAAAGGGGAUAUACUCCUCCCAGAAGUUUUGCAGUUCCCCAUACUGAUCUCAAACACUUGCUGAACGUAAGCGGUGUAUGGACAGUCUGGUUUAACUUAAUGCCUCUGCCUUGGUUUUUUUUUUUUAUUACAGGCGCUUCUUUUACAUUUAUUGCAAAUACUGCAGGUAAUAUUUAAUUACAUCUAUCUGUUACCCAGUUUUUGCUGUUGCCAUAGUGCCUUCCAAUUUCUUUAAUCUGAACUGCAUAAACUGGUUGUUCAGUUGGCAUUUUUACUGGUACAACAAUAGCAGGAUCUGCUCUUCAUUUAAACCAAAUCAGAUUUCAUAUUUUUACCCUGUGUGGGAUUUUUACCAGUUCCUUUUUACACUCUUAAAAAGACUGUUUUUAAGUCCAUUUUUUUCCUUUCCUGGCAGCUUUUAACAUAAUUGCAACACUUCUGUUUCUGGGAGCUGCUAGUUUAAGAAAAUAAACUUAAACAAUUUAUACAAAUAUUUGCAACAAAGGAGACUUAGGGCCUUGGCUGAAACUAAUAAUUACAGUGUGUGUGUAUAUAGUUUUAAGGACGUUUGUUGCACUUUUUUUAAUUUGCACUUCAGGGGAUGGUAGAGUUUUUAAACACUUUGGCUGGACAGAAGGGCUGUAAUAUAUUUUCUUUUGAGAAAUGGGGUAGAGGUAAGAGAUGAGACCUUUCUCCUGGAGGGAAUGUGCCCAUGCUCUUAGGUUAUUUUGUUAUAGGGAGCAGCUGACUUAUGCAAAUUGUUUCAAGCCUUUAAAAUGUGUCCAUGUUUUUUUUAUUUCUGUACCCCCCUUUGUUUGGAAGCUCUGUGCCAAAGAUCCCACUGUCUGUAACUCCCUCUUUUAGUACAUGCUGAGCUAAAUCUGCACUAGCUGCCCUAUAUGGGUAUUUAUGUGAAGCUGUGUGUGUAAGUCUCUACCUCAUUGUAGUUAUGCAAGCAGAAAAUGCACUUGACCUACAGAUGUGGUGUCGUUUUUUUUUUCUUUGUUUUUCCGUUUUUGGCACAUAAUAAACACGUUGAAGCAGUAA